CACGUGAGGAAGAGAAAAAGCUAAACGAAGAGUGGUUAAAAGACGAAAGAGAUUUAAAGAUGUUCUAUAAAGUAGUGAUAUUAUUACUGUAUCAGAGUUUAUUGACCCUUGCAGCACCAAAUAUAAUAUUUAUUGUUGCUGAUGACUUGGGAUGGGACGAUGUCAGUUUUCAUGGUUCAGAACAAAUACCAACACCAAAUAUAGAUGCUCUAGCUACUAAUGGUAUUAUAUUAAAUAAUUAUUAUGUUUCACCUAUUUGUACUCCAACAAGAAGUGCUAUAAUGACAGGCAGACAUCCUAUACAUACAGGAAUGCAGCAUUCAGUUAUAGUGGGUGAUCAACCGUAUGGUUUACCAUUAAAUGAAUCUAUUAUGCCACAGUUUUUUAGUACAUUAGGAUAUGAAUCACAUAUAGUAGGCAAGUGGCACUUGGGAUUUUUUGCUCAAGAAUACACUCCGUUGUUCCGAGGUUUCCAAACUCAUCUGGGCUAUUGGUUGGGAGCUGAAGAUUAUUUUGAUCAUACAGCUGAAGCAGAAACGGUACCGUACAAGAAUCAGUAUGGUUUAGAUUUCCGUGAUAAUAUGACAGUACUAUCAACUGAAAAUGGUACCUAUUCUACUGAAUUAUUUACUAAACAAGCUGUUACUAUAAUACAGAAUCAAGAUCAUAGUAAACCCUUAUUUCUGUAUUUACCAUAUCAAGCUGUACAUAGCGGUAACCUAGAUGAAGAACCCUUGCAGGCACCACUAGAAUAUAUUGAUAGGUUUCCUCAUAUACAGAAUAAAAAUAGAAGAACAUUUGCUGGUAUGGUAUCAGCAUUAGAUGAUGCUGUUGGUGCUAUAGUUGAUGCUCUAUCAGAAGAAGGAAUGUUGUCUAAUUCCAUUAUUGUAUUUACAACUGAUAAUGGAGGUCCAUCUAAUGGGUUUGAUGGGAAUGCUGCAAGUAACUAUCCACUAAGAGGAUUGAAGGCAACAUUAUGGGAAGGUGGGGUACGAGGAAAUGGUUUAAUAUACAGUCCAUUAUUACAGACCCAGAGAUAUGUCUCGCAGCAAAUGAUGCAUGUUACUGAUUGGUUACCUACAUUAUUCAGAGCUGCUGGGGGUGAUCCUAAUGGAUUAAGAAAUAUGGAUGGGUUUGAUAUGUGGGAUAUGUUAUCAUAUAAUGAUGAUCAUUCUCCACGAACUGAUAUAUUACAUAAUAUAGACCCUAUUGAACAGAAAGCUGCUAUACGUGUUAAUGAUUAUAAGUUAUUAACUGGUAAUAUUGAUAUGAGAUAUGAUGGCUGGUAUCCACCAUACCAACUAGAAGAAGAUACAGAAAAGAUAUAUAAUGACAGACAGAAUGUGGUCAAUAUGAAAGUUCCCCAUACCACUGUGAAGGUACAGUGUGGACAAAAACCAGCUAAUGCUAGCACUAAUUGUGAUCCUAAAGUUUACCCAUGUCUUUAUCAUAUACCUUCUGAUCCCUGCGAGUAUAAUAAUAUUGCUGCUUCUAACCAUGACUUAGUCUUGGAAUUAUUACAGAGAUUACAGGAUUACAGCAAGGGAAUGGUACCUCCUGGAAAUAAACCAUUUGAUCCCAAAGGUGACCCAAAAUAUCAUAACAAUACCUGGGUGCCUUGGGUUAAGUAAAAAAAAGUCCUGUUAAUAUUGAAAUUUUAUAAAAUUGUUGCUCAGUAGCAUUCCAAUUAUCAAUUUACUUCUAUUUUUUCUUCAUUUUUCAACGAUUGCUUAGUUUGAUAUUAAUUUAUUUUUUUGUUACUUUUUUUUAUUAAGAUUUAUCAUCAGAUUUAAAUCUUGAUUUGUAUGUGUCAAAAUCCAUGCCAAAAUUGGAACAACGACCGUUUUAAAAUGUUCUUUACUAGGUUUUUGAGAAAUCGAAUAAACAUUAUCCCUUUCAUGCUCUGAUGAAAUAAUGUGACUUUUUUGACAAAUGUAAAUAAUUUCAUCUGUUUUUCAUUUGUGACUUAUUUUUAUUUUCAUAUUAGUUUAUAAUUACUACAUGGUCAUUCUGUAACGCUUGAUAGUUCCUCUUAAUCUUAAACCUAUGUUUCAUGCUGAUGAUGUAUAUAUAUGUUACUUUGGCUAAACUAUUAUUGAUUAUAUGCUGUUUUCACACACAUAUUUAUAUGUAUACAUUUUUGUUGGUUGUUAAAUCUACCUUUGAAAUAAAUUUUUUUUUUC